ACCUGACUCUCCCUAAGGGGAAGUAACAACAUUUUGAAUUGCUAUACGCUUCAAGCGGUUUCCUGGAUACACAACUGUUGAAAAGCUUGUCGACCAACAAGGUGUCCGACUUCCAGGCAAGUACAAACACUUUGACGAAGAAGAAAUCAGCCAGGUUUUGUUGCAUUACUUACUGAUAAAACCGUGAAGGAAGAGAAGUGAACUCUUGAAUGGCCAUUUUGCAAAAACAUGUCAAAAACUCGAGUUCAGAGUUUGUUAAAUCUACCACGGAAUCUACCGUCUUCACUGAAGCUGGUCCUUUACAGAAGGAAGAGGCAGAUGACCCAUAUUGGUCCAGGUCAGAAACCCAGCUAUGGACUGUGGUGCUGCUUCUGGGGACGUGCCUGCUGUACUGUGCCAGGGUGGCCGCACCAAUCUGUGCUGUUUCCAUGGCCAGUGAAUUCCAGUGGGGCAAGAAGGAGUCUGGCAUCGUGCUGGGCAGCUUCUUCUGGGGCUACUGCUUCACACAGGUCCUCGGAGGAUAUGUCAGCGACAGGGUGGGUGGAGAGAAGGUCAUUGUGAUGGCCGCAGUGGGGUGGGGGUCUUUGCUGGCCUUAACCCCCAUGAUCGCUCACUUCAGCUCUGUGCCCCUGGUGUCCGUGACGCUUUCCAGGUUCCUCAUGGGGCUGCUGCAAGGCGUUCAUUUCCCUUCCCUGGCCAGUCUUUUCUCUCAGAAGGUGCGACAGCAUGAGAGAGCCUUCAUAUCGAGCACAGUGGGAACCGGCUCCCAGAUUGGGACUCUGCUAAUUGGGGGCGCUGGCUCCGUGCUAAUGGACUGGUACAGCUGGGAGUUUGUCUUCUAUGUCGCAGGGCUGUUAGCAGUAAGCUGGGCCUACUGCAUUUGGAAACAUCUCCUAAAAGGUCCUAUCAUCUCAUUGGAAACAGUGGGGGUCAGCCUGGUGAAAUCCAAGAACGCCAGAAUUCCCUGGAAAAGACUGUUUAGUAAACCUCCAGUGUGGGCUGUGAUUUUUGCUCAUCUGUGUACCUCAAGCACAUUUUAUACACUUUUAUCGUGGUUACCGACUUUCUUCAAGGACAGCUUUCCUGAGGCCAAGGGGUGGGUGUUUAACGUGGUUCCAUGGCUGGUUGCAAUUCCAUCUUCUGUUCUAGGGGGCUACUUGUCGGAUCACCUUAUUAGUCUAGGAUUUGAAACUGCUGUAGUAAGGAAGCUCAUGCAAUUCUUUGCUAUGGGAGCGUCCAGUGUGUUCACCCUGCUGUUAUGUGGCACCAGAACCUUUCCCUUGGCAAUAGCUUUCGUAUCGGCUGCCAUGGGCUUCCAGACGUUUACCCACAGUGGAGUUUCUGUCAAUGUUCAGGAUUUGGCGCCCUCUUGUGCUGGAUCCUUGUAUGGUGUAAUGAAUACAGGGGGUGCAUUAUCAGGAGUGUUCUUUGUGUAUUUCUCUGGAUAUGUUAUCGACACUACGGGGUCGUGGGCCUCAGUGUUUGCCCUCAUGUCUCUGGUCAACGUGGUCGGCCUGGUUAUCUUCCUGGUGUUUGCUGAGGCCGAGAGAGUGGACAUUGACGUCAGCAAACCCAAAUAUGAGAGCAUACAAAUCUGAAGAAGGGGCACAGAGUUAACCUGUCCAAGGGACAAGGCGGGGUGCUGUGUCAGCGUUCACAGACAGGGCUAUUCCAAGAUGAUCUGUAUAGGAGAAUGGAUAACCAGCCACCCUUUGAGCUCUACAGCCUACAGAUCAGAGCUAACUCGUGCAGUGCAGUAUGAGCUUAUGCAGGACAGCAUCCCAAGGUUUCCUGGGAGAUUAGAGCCAGCUGGUUUGGCAAGGUGAGUGUGAUGCUCUCGUGAUCCAGUAAUCAUAGGCACUGGCUUUGAUGACAUGAUGUUUACAGAUUCGGAGGCUUUACCUAGCGGGCGUGGCAAGCAGUGGAGGAGUAGCUCAUCUCAGCCAGAGACUCGCGGAUCUGGCAAAAGAACCCUCAUUUUCCAGGUCAUAAUAGCAAUAAUACUAGCCAUACAGCUGCAUGAUAACUGACCUUGUCUUUUGUCGAGUACCGACUCUGACAAUUGUGGUCGAGCCGUUUGUCUGCGGUGGUAGAUUUCUGUAUAUUAAAAGCCAAAGAUAUAUAUUUUUUAAAUAUUUAUUUUGAUUGUCUUGUUUCAUAGGACCGGUUAGCACUAAUCUUGGCCUGCCUUACCUCACUUUAGGCAAAGUCUUCCAAGUUUAUUGCAGAUUGGGGACGAGUAUCUUCACUGCAAUGUCCUCCGAUUUGAAUUUAUUCCCUUCUUUAAAAAAAUAAAUAAAAGUUGUAGAAAAAAAAACUAAUCUUUUAGGGUUCAGGUUUUAGAUAAUUGUUUUUAUAUCAUAUUAUAAUAGAAAAGGUUUUGAAAUGCAAACAUUUUGUAUUAUUUAUUCCAAAUUGAAAUCAGGUGUGCCUGGAGGCUUUACAGGUUUUGUAACAAUAAAAGUUAGAUUUUUAUUUCUCAAAAACAGCAAAUUGCACUUUGUAGAAAUAAGAAACCUAGGUAAUAGUUCUGGUUGGUACUGGUCAUAAUCAAAUAGUGUCCUGUUCCUGAUCCAGCAGCAAGACUGUUUGCUGCUUCCUAGUCUAGAAAUUGUAAUUAUUAUUAUUAUUAUUAUUAUUAUUAUUGUUUACACAUUCUACUAAGUGUUGUAUUGAUGUUUAUGUAUUAAAUUUAUGUAAGUAUUAUUAUUGAAAUUUCUGCUAGAAAAACAUUUUGAUAAAAUAGUGGGAGGAAGGUCAAUGGACCCCCAGUAGAAUACUCAUUUGUUACAGCAUGUUGCUUUUAGAACAUUCCACUGCAAUUCUUAAUGAAAUUCAAGAAGUUAAUAUGAUUUUGUAGGUGCUAAUUUGUUACACACUUUGUUCAUGAAGAAUGUACAGUUCUCACAUGUUAUUGUGGAAUAUUACAUGUUUUAUCCACUAAAAUCAACCAUGUUUCCUGUGUAAAGCCAGUAGUUUCAUACAGUUUACAAAACAUUAUUUAGAAAGUAAUAUAUACCAUAAGAUCUAUGCAAAGAGGCAUAUCCUUUUUAUAUUGCUAUCAGUACUGUGGGCAUUUGAAUUACCUGGUGAUAAUAAAAUAUACCGUGUUCAUUUGA